UCCACCGUGUUGCACAUAGCUUCGCCGCUGCCUUAUUCUCUCCCCUUCCCCCUCCCCUUCCUCCUCCGGUUCCUCCUCCCGGCUCCUCCGCCCCUUCCCUUCUUGGUGACUCUGAGCCAUCUGCCGUGGCGGAGGGAAUCGGAGGCGUAGUGGGGUGCGGGGUGUGAGGGGCGUGAGGAGGGUGUGCGAGGGUGAGUGUGGAAGUGUGAGUAGCCGCCUCUCUCCCCCGGCGCCGCUUCUUUGCAGGCGUCUUGCCGGGUCUGUGCAGUCUUGUGUGUGUGUUUCCCUCGCCUGCCCCUUCGCUCCCCGCCCCCUGGCACCGCCAAGCCCGGAGAGAGGACCCGCCAAGUCCGAGAAGACCUGUCGCCAACUCCCGCCGCUGCCCAGGAUUGUCGCUUCCCACCGACGGCCGAAAGGGAUUGGUUUGAAGAAAAAUGCAUGAAAGUCUUACAUCAUGACAACUAUCAGGCAAAGGAAAGAAAUAAAAGUUGCAGAAGUUUAUGAGGAUAAUCCUUCACAGGAGGAAGAGGAUGAACUGGAAAGACAAUUGUUAACUGUGUACAGUGGGAGAGGAUUAUGGAAAAUUCUGUCAUUAACCGUUGGUGGAACUAUUGGCCUUUGCAUUGGAUUUCUUACUUCUGUCUACCUUGCUACUUUACAUGAAAAUGAUUUAUGGUUUUCUAACAUUAAGGAAGUUGAACGAGAAAUAUCAUUCAGAACAGAAUGUGGAUUAUAUUACUCUUAUUAUAAACAAAUGCUACAGGCUCCAACCAUCUCAAAAGGUUUCCAUGGAUUGAUAUAUGAUAAUAAAACUGAGUCAAUGAGGACAAUUAACAUCCUUGAACGAAUGAAUAUUUACCAGGAGGUUUUUCUCAGCAUUUUAUAUAGAGUUCUACCUAUACAGACAUAUUUAGAGCCUGUUUAUUUUUAUAUCUACACUUUAUUUGGACUUCAAGCAAUGUAUGUCACAGCGCUUUAUGUAACCAGCUGGCUUCUUAGUGGAACAUGGUUGUCAGGGCUGUUAGCAGCUUUCUGGUAUGUUAUAAAUAGAAUAGAUACCACAAGAGUAGAGUUCACCAUUCCUUUGAGAGAGAACUGGGCGCUGCCAUUCUUCGCAGUUCAGAUAGCAGCGAUUACAUAUUUGCUUAGACCACAUUUACAGCCUCUUUGUGAAAGGCUGACUCUUCUUGCAGUGUUCAUAUCUACUUUUCUCUUUAGUCUAACAUGGCAAUUUAAUCAAUUUAUGAUGCUGAUGCAAGCAUUAGUUUUAUUCAUACUGGACUGUCUGAACAUGCUUCCUACAACAAAGGUUACAUGGCUUUAUCUUAUACAGUUGACAAGUUUACUCUUGGUCUGUGUCCUUCAGUUCUUUAAUUCCAUGAUCCUUGGAUCUUUGCUUAUAAGUUUUAAUCUCUCUGUGUUAAUAGCAAGAAAAUUCCAGAAAAAUCUGAAAACUGGAAGCUUCCUUAAUAGGCUCUGGAAACUUUUGUUCCACUUAGCCCUGGUGCUAUGUUUGACCAUUUUUCUCAAUAGCUUUAUUAAGCAAUUUCUUAAUCUAAAGUCAGAUGAACACAUAUUUAAAUUUCUGAAGGCAAAAUUUGGGUUUGGAGCAACAAGGGAUUUUGAUGCAAAUCUGUACCUAUGUGAAGAAGCUUUUGGUCUCCUACCCUUUAAUACACUUGAAAGACUGUCACAUACUUUACUCUUUUAUGCAUACAUGUUUGUUCUUUCCAUUAUGGUGAUAGUGGCUGUUGUUGUUGCUCUUCGGAACCUCAGUGAUUCUACUAAUGUUCAGUCCAUGUAUAAAAUGGGGAAAUGCACAAUUGCACUGAAGCCUGGAACAGCCUACAACUUGAUGCAUUCUGUUUUGUUUGGAUGUUUGGCUUUUAGCACUAUGAGGAUGAAGUAUCUUUGGACAUCACAUAUGUGUGUGUUUGCAUCAUUUGGCUUAUGCAGCAGUGACAUAUGGGAGUUACUUUUAAAAUUGGUCCAUCUCUACACACCAAAGAGGAUGAAAAUGAUGAGGUAUUCAGUACCAGUAUUAAUACUCAUCUAUCUUUGCUAUAAGUUUUGGCCAGGAAUGAUGGCGGAGCUAUCAGAGUUGAGAGAAUUCUAUGACCCAGACACAGUGGAGCUGAUGAACUGGAUUAAGUCAAACACUCCUCGGAAGGCUGUAUUUGCUGGAAGCAUGCAGUUGUUAGCCGGAGUCAAACUGUGCACAGGGAGGACCUUAACCAAUCACCCACACUACGAAGAUAAGGGACUGAGAGAGAGAACAAAAGAGGUUUAUCAAAUAUAUGCAAAGAGAUCUCCCGAGGAAGUUUAUUCCCUCCUGAGGUCCUUUGGCACAGACUACGUCAUCUUGGAAGACAGCAUUUGCUAUGAAAGAAGGCACAGCAGAGGUUGCCGUCUGCGAGACUUGCUUGACAUAGCUAAUGGACACGUAAUGGAUGGCCCAGGAGAGAAUGAUCCUGAUUUAAAGCCUGCCAAGCACCCUCGCUUCUGUGAAGAAAUCAAAAGAAACUUGCCUUCAUACUCUGCACACUUCACCAGAGUAUUUCAGAACAAAACAUUCCAUGUUUACAAGCUGUCUAGGAACAAGUAACACAACUUUUGCUAAUUCUUUAUUCCAAUCCAGGUGAAAUUUCAUUCUGUUGGAGCCCAACGUGAUGAAAUUCCUGUGUCGUGAGUCAGUUUUGAGCCUCAGCAGACUCAGGCUGCUUUCCACACCAUUUUGAGUUGCCCCAUUCUGCAGCAACAAGCAAGGGUUCAUGGUCAAUGAAUUUCACCUGUAGUUUAACGCUGUGAGGUUAAUAAGUACUCUAGAAGUUUACAUGAGUGUUGAUAUUUUUGAAGGUAUUUACAUGAAUUGUCUUUUUCUUUUUGUCUAACUUUUCCCACUGGUGUUCAUUGUGUUGCGUGUAAACGAGUUUCUGACAGUGACCUGGAACUUUGUUGUUUGAGCUGUUUCCAAUAAGGUAGGAAUACUGAGUCUGCUUAGGAUUGGAAACAUUUUUAAGCUUACUUUAAAUUUUAUCCAACUGAAUCAAGUGACUUUGUAACAGAAUUAAUGGAUAAUAUCCUUUCAAUUUAAUUAUUACAUGCUAUUGAAGUAUUACAUACACUAAUAAUGGUGUGGCAGUUAAAAACAAAGUUUACUAUUGUCCUGUUUUUUCCGUAAACUUUACAGACAUUUCAUGCGGUUAGCAUUCAAAAAUUAUGAUGGCUCUGUGUAUUUAUUUGAUACUUUUUCAUUGACAUGUGUUUGAGCAAGCACUUCAGUAAAACAUAAUACCUUUUAUUAAAAACAAAAUUUUAAAGUGGUAGGCACAGAAGAAUAUUACAAUUAAGUAUCUUGGGUUCUUAGAAUGGCAGAAAAGUGUGUGUAGGAAGAUCAUUUUGUUUCAUAAUAGGAUAUUCAACUAGAAUUUGUUUUGUUACUAUUUGGUGUUUUUGUUUUAAAGCACAUUUAUAGUAUUUUAAUUUUUUUCCUUCCAUUAAUAUUUUUUGUUUCAUUUUGUACUUGUUUUAAAAUUGCCAGGUUGACUAACUUUGGUAACCUGUGUUCUGGUUUUAGCUUUUGUAUUUUUACAGCUUAGUAUCUAUCUACUUUUUAAAUGUUGUCUUAACUAUGUCAGUAUUAUGGUAUUUUUAGGCAAACUGCAUUUUCAUACCAAGUGUGACUUAUGUCAGCUCCAACCUUAAUGAGGUACCUUCUAUCUUUAUUUUUUUUCCUUUCUGAAAGGUAAUUAAGUGCCUCUAAGUCUACCCCAAUGUGGAACUACUUAUAAGCAGCCCUAGUACUAUGUAUACCUGCUCAAGAAAUUUCUUUUUCUUUUUUUUUCUUUUUUUAGUGAGGCAAUUGGGGUUAAGUGACUUGCCCAGGGUCACACAGCUAAUAAGUGUUAAGUGUCUGAGGCUGGAUUUGAACUCAGGUACUCCUGACUCCAGGGCCAGUGCUCUAUCCACUGCGCCACCUAGCUGCCCCUGCUCAAGAAAUUUCUGAUGAUUACUGUUAUAGUUAAUUUCUAACAAAAAAUAUAAAAAACGAUGCUGCUAAAAACAUAUUGUACAUUUAAUUAAAUCAAGAUGGCUAAUGAGAUGAACUUUCACCACUGCUCUAUGCACCAAUGCCAAAUGAUUUAAAUGCCUUCCCCUUGUAGUUGUUCUAAGGUACAUUACCAAAGGGAUUGAGAUGGAGAUGUCACAUGUUCAAAUAAUUUUAUAUUCAGCAAAUACUCAUUAAGCAGCAUUCAGAAUCUUUCUGCACUUUCAUGUUGAACACAGAAGGAUAGUGAGCUUUUAUCAAAACUUAUUUAAAUCAACACUUGACAGUAGCUGGGCUAUUAAAUUGUGCAUCCAAAGCUCCUGAAUCAUUUCUUUCCUCUGUCCCUUAAUGAGGUUGGAGUCCACUGCAGUUUAACAUAAUACAAUAAUAAAACAUUUUAAUCAGUAUUAAAACUUUAAUUAAGCCAGUAAUGAUGCAUGCCUGUUGUAGCUGACAGCAUGGGUCAGUAAGUUCUUCAUUGAGUGCCUUACAAUAAUUGAAAAUCAAGCACAUGUAAGGUACUAUGUUAGACUGUGAGGUUCAAUUUUUAAAUCAUCAGCUCUCUUUUCAAAUAUUUCAACAAAACCUAGAGUCCCACAAGUAUUUGUCUGUUCCUUUUGAGAAUCUGGUUGUAGAUUUACCACCCUGAGGAAUCAUCCGGACAUUUUGCUGCUAUUCAUUGUCACAUAGAUGGCACGAGAUGCUUUUUUAUGAAGUUUAUAUAACAGUAACAGUGUUGCCAAAUCAUUCCAUGUUGAUCAAAUAUUUUCAUGGAAAAUAUAAAGUGCCAGAAGAAAAAAAAAAUGUGCCAGACAGAGCCCACACAUUCUUAUUUCCAAGACACUGUGACCGUGUACAGUAGAAUUUUUUAAUUUCCUAAAAGACAGAUCUCCCAGAUAUCACCUGGACGUUUUCAGAGCUAGAGUCAAAGCCCUUUUUAUAAUCUCUCCAUGGCAUGUACAGGAAAGGAGCUCAGGCUAGAGGGAAGAACAAGGAAACUCAUGACUUGAGGUUUGUAUUGCUAGCUUGGCCACCACCCUGGAGCCAGCUGUUGUAGAUCCAUGAGUCUGGCCUUCCUAACCUUCACCUUAAACAGGCAUCAUGUAAGAAGCAAUGAGUACUUAGAGAGAGCCUCAAAACCUUUGAGUGAACAGGUCUUGGUGCAUCAGAAAAUGGCUCUUACUACUCCAAAGUUAGUAGCCAAAAAAGCCUAAGUAAUUCAUACUCACCAUAAUUUUUCAUUGCCCUUUUCUGUAAAGUACUGGAGCAUAUUUAAGGUCUUUUGACCAGGAGUAGAAUGGUAAUCAUAUAAAAUUAGAUAUGAUCAGGAUGAUGUGCUUAUUCAUAUUAUUGGUCUAAACAAUUCAAAAGCCAUCAAAUUUGGGCUUUAUUUUAAUUUUCCUUU